AUGAGGGAAUUCAGGCUCAAUAACAAUGAAGCUGUGAAUGAACUAGCAUUUUCCUCGGAUGACUUCUUACAAAGCAUAUUCGUGCAGAAGACCAUCGUGAGAAGAAUUCUUCUUUUAAGACGUCCACUGAAACUGAAACAACUGAAUGUCUGGAACAGUCAACUGGAAGAGUUCGACUUCGAAGUCCUCCCUCACUUGAUUAAUCUGAGACUCCUAGACCUUCAUGGGAAUACCUUGACGAGAGUGCCACAUUCUGCAAGCAUGAGUCUUGAGGAACUCCAUCUUUAUGACAACAAGAUCACCACUUUCGAAGAAAAGUUAUCAAUGCCCAAUUUGAAGAAUCUUAACAUUGGUAAGAACCCAAUAUCUAAGCUCCCCACAGCGUUCUUCGAAGAUUUAGUAAGUUUGGAGAAGUUUUGGUGCGCUUUCUGCAAUAUGGGCCCGGUUUUGUCAGAGGGAUAUUUAAAAUUCCACAGUCCAGCCUUGAGACAAGUUGGACUUUUCUUCAACAACAUUUCAAAACUCGAGAGAGGAGCAAUCAUAGGAAAUUCCAUAUACUGUGAUUGCAAUAUUGCCUGGCUAGUUGCCGAACUGGCCUUACGCAAUGCAGUGACGGAAGGGUAUUGUCAAGACGGGACAGAUAUUCAAAUCUUGGAUAUUGAGGUAUUUCGUCGCAGGUGUCACCUUUGUCCACGCAAGUGCAUCGAAUUAGAUAUGGCCCCCGCAUAUUGCGCACGAAAGACGAUCAUCAAAUCUGAGCACGACGAUUGCAGUCCUGGGGAAUUGUGUUGUGAGACGAAAAUCCAAAACGCCGGCAGGAAAGAGAGAAGGAAGGAGGAAGCAGAGUAUCUCAGGAUGAUAAAUGACUUGGAAAAACAAAUAGAAGAAAAUCAAGACCGGUAUUAUGAAUUGACGAUGAAUGUUACAAUAAUCGCUAAAGAUUUGGAGUAUUCGGCUACAAAUGAUGGAAGGAAGAAGGAAGCAGAGUAUCUCAGGAUGAUAAAUGACUUGGAAAAACAAAUAGAAGAAAAUCAAGACCGGUAUUAUGAAUUGACGAUGAAGGUUACAAUAAUCGCUAAAGAUUUGGAGUCUUCGGCUACAAAUGAUGGAAGGAAGAUGGAAGCAGCGUAUCUCUGGAGGAUAAAUUACUUAAAAGAACAAAUACAAGAAAAUCACCACCACAUGUACGAGAUGAAGAUGUUGGUUGAAGAAAUCCGUGAAUAUUGGGAGUCUUCGGCUACAAAUGAUGGAAGGAAGAAGGAAGCAGAGUAUCUCAGGAAGAUAAAUGACUUAAAAAAACAAAUGCACGAAAAUCACCACCAGAUGUAUGAGAUGAAGAUGUUGGUUGAAGAAAUCCGUGAAUAUUGGGAGUCUUUGGCUACAAAUGGAAGGAAGAUGGAAGCAGCGUAUCUCUGGAGGAUAAAUUACUUAAAAGAACAAAUACAAGAAAAUCACCACCACAUGUACGAGAUGAAGAUGUUGGUUGAAGAAAUCCGUGAAUAUUGGGAGUCUUCGGCUACAAAUGAUGGAAGGGAGAAGGAAGCAGAGUAUCUCAGGAAGAUAAAUGACUUAAAAAAACAAAUGCACGAAAAUCACCAUCAGAUGUAUGAGAUGAAGAUGUUUGUUGAAGAAAUCCGUGAAUAUUGGGAGUCUUUGGCUACAAAUGGUGGGAACCUGACAUUCCAUGUGGACUUGGAGACAUGA